AUGAUUAGUGUUGUUGGAACUAAUAUUUCUAGUGCUUUACGCGUUGCUCCCUCAACAUCUAGUCGCAUUCUGGAUAUUCCCUGUAAAGUGUGCGGUGACAACUCGUCUGGAAAACACUACAAUAUAUUUGCCUGUGAUGGAUGUGCGGGAUUUUUCAAAAGAUCUAUUAGAAAAAACCGACAAUACGUUUGUAAGGCGAAGUCGUCGGGAACUUGUGUUGUAGAUAAAACACAUAGGAAUCAAUGCAGAGCAUGCCGAUUGUUAAAAUGUCAAGAAGCUGGAAUGAAUAAGGAUGCGGUUCAGCAUGAACGGGGUCCUAGAAACUCCACUUUAAGAAGACAACAACAGCAAAUGGUACAACUACUAAAUGAAACUGCACCAAAACUAAUGAAUGCGCCUCCGAAUGCGGCCAUCGAUCUAGUUUUGCCUACUUCAAGUGCACCACCUAGAUUUCAUCCACCACUGCCUUUGAGUCCGAGCGGAACGUUCUUUAACCAACCACCCAUUCCCAUUCCGAGGAUUCCCUUUGGGUUUCACGCGCCGCCUCCCGUUGUCUUAACCGAGACGCUAAACCCCAGCCACAUAUGCGAAGCAGCCGCGCGUUUGCUUUUCUUUAACGUAACGUGGGCGAAAACUGUGUCCACAUUUACAUCUUUAACUAUAGAAGAUCAGUUAUUAUUACUGGAGGAAAGUUGGAGGGAAUUAUUCAUAUUAGGCGCCGCACAGUACCUACCACCCUUAGAACUCGGUCCCUUAGUUCACUGUUCCAGCUUGGUAAAACGCGAACCGGAACGUUUAGCCGCGCUCGAAAAAGACGUUCUGGAUUUUCAGAGCGUUCUAACGAGGAUCAUACAAUUUCGCGUAGAUCCCUACGAAUUUGCAUGUCUCCGUGCUAUCCUACUGUUCAAAACGACGUUUGAUAACAUGUCGCCGAAUUCGAAGCUUUUAAAAGAUGCCGAGAAGGUAGUUGGUGUACAAGAGAACACGCAGUUAAUGUUAAAUAAGUACGUACUUGCCACUUAUCCGUCACAACCUUUACGUUUUGGAAAACUUUUGCUUCUUCUACCUGUACUUCAAACUGUGAAAUCAAGUACAAUAGAGGAACUAUUCUUUAAAAAUACCAUCGGUAAUAUACCUAUAGUAAAUAUAAUUUGCAAUAUGUAUAGAACCACGUUAAAUGAUUAAGUGUUGGUGGCGGAUCAUUGCUCGCAAGUUGCAGGUUGUGAAUUAGGUUUACGUUUAGGUUUCGAUUUUAGAGCACAAUUUUUGUUUGUAUUGUUUUGAAGUAGAAAUGCACGAGAAG